UUGGUCUAUUUUUAGUUUAUAUUAACCGGAAGUGGAGUAUUUCAACACUGAGUAAACACGUUGUUAUUAUAAGCAUGGCACUUCGAAUCUGCCUUGAAUUCAGUGGGGGUGCAGAGCUGUUAUUUAACAAAACAAAGAAACAUGAAGUUACACUACCUGUAUGCGAAAAAGAUUGGACGAUAGGAUCACUAUUGCCAUGGAUGAGAGAGACCAUGCUAAAGGAGCGACCAGAACUUUUCAUGCAGGGAAACACAGUGCGUCCAGGGAUACUGGUGUUGAUCAAUGAUUCAGAUUGGGAACUAAUGGGAGAACUUGAUUAUUCCAUCAAGGAAAAUGACAGGAUAAUAUUUAUAUCAACACUACAUGGCGGAUGACAACUGCAAGACAGAAAACUUGCUGAGUACACAUCUUCAUUCACACCAGAGGGAAUCAACUUUGUGAUAAAGACAAUUCACAUAACUUUUAUCCUCUGAAAAUUGUGAGGGUGCACAAGUUAACAUAGCUCAUGAUAUUAGUGAGGCUGGAUUCUAGAAAGUUGUACAUGUGUGUGAAGACUGAGGUUGUUUACACAGCAUGUACAGGAAUGUGGUGCCUGUACUGGUACAUAUAGGUCUACUGCAAUCAACUCUGCAUGUCUGUGGCACUGAUACUUUUAAAGACAGAGAACAUAAAUGAAAUUAUUGUGAUAAGUCACAGGUAUCUUUGGUAAGAAGGUGACCAUCUUAGUUUUUCGAGAUUUUGAUUCAUAUUACAUUUUCAUGAUGAAUAUUUGACGAUGUUGAAUGAAUUGUGAUAAAAAUAAAUUAUUUAAGUAUCGGUAUUUAAAAAUGUUUUUGUGACUUUUUGAUUUUGCAGUAAUUGCAAAAUACAAUAACAAAUUAUUUAAUAUUUAUAUAAGAGAAAACAAUAAAACAUUUAAUAUGAUAAACCCAAGGAGACUAAGA